UCGGCUCUAUGGAAAGAUGGUUAGUUGGCUGAAGUGAAACGGGUGGAGAUUAAAGGCAUAUUCACGUACACUAGUAUUUUUGUAACAUAAAUUCUAAGAAAAUGUUAGAAGUAUUCAUAUACAAUACAUACAAUAUAUCUUUAUCCUCAUUUUUGUAAUUAAAUUAUUAAUGAAUUGUCAAUAUUGACAAACAGUUCAAGAUGUCGAAGCGGUCGGCAGACGAUGGUGGCAAUGGCAGCAGCCAGCCACCGAUCAAAAAGGUUCACUUUGAACCUCAUCUCAUUGGGCCAGUAUCUACUCUUGAAGAAAUGGACAUCAAAGUCCUUCAAUUUCAAAACAAAAAAUUAGCCCAGAGAAUAGAGCAAAGGCAUAGAUGUGAAGCAGAACUUCGAGCAAGGAUUGAACAGCUUGAGAAGCGUCAGACACAAGAUGAUGCUGUCCUGUGCGUUGUGAAUCGAUACUGGAAUUUGUUGAAUGAGGACAUACGAGUUCUGUUGCAGCGCUUUGACGCUGAAACUGCUGAUGAAUCAGAGAAUAAAAAUGAGAAUGAAGCAACCACUUCAUUCUUAAUGCAAUUAUCAACAUGGGAUAAGGAGGAGUUGGAUGCCCAAUUAGCUAACAGAGUUCAAGUUAGCAAGAGAGCAGUUGCCAAAGUUUUACAGGCAUUUGAUCGGUUACAGCAGCGGAAUGAUAAGAUUUGGAGGGCAAUCAAGGGAGAAGGAGAAGAAGGUGCACCUGCACCAUCUCUGGAUGAAGUGGUGCGUGCGACUAAUGAGGAAGUGACAGUGGAAAAUCGUCGCCUUCAAGCGAUAUGUACUUCGUUACAAGAAAACCAUCAUGCUAUGACACUACGAGUGGCUCAGCUGCAAGAUGCUGUGAACAGUCGGGAUACAGAGAAUGCAGAACUAAAGAAUCAGAUUGAUGAUUUGCAGUAUGAACUUAUGAAGGUGAGAUCAAGGAAUGAUAAAUUAGAGAACCAUCUAGCGGAGGCUAUAGAGAAGCUGAAGAGCUACCAUCAAUCUGGCGCCAGCACCAGUAGCAGCAGCGCGGCGUCUUCGGGGAGCACGCCACUCACAGCAGCUGCAGCCGCCAAGCUGGAGGAUGUGGCUGCAGAGCUGGAAGAGCAGAGGGAACUGGCCAACAACCGACUUGCAGAACUUGACCGCUUGCACAGGCAGCACAGGGAUACUCUUAAGGAAGUUGAAAAACUUAAGAUGGAUAUCCGCCAGUUACCUGAAUCAGUGAUUGUAGAGACGACAGAGUACAAGUGCCUGCAGAGUCAGUUCUCGGUGCUGUACAAUGAGUCUAUGCAGAUGAAGACCGCGCUGGAUGAGACUCGCAUGCAACUGCAGAACGCCAAGAACCUACACAUGAGACAGAUCGAGAUGAUGGAGAGUGAGGAGUUAGCAAGACAGAAAGCUCUCCGAGCAGAGAUGAUACAAUUGGAAGAUGUUCUCGGCCAGCUGAGGAAGGAAUAUGAGAUGUUGAGGAUAGAAUUUGAGCAGAACUUGGCUGCGAACGAGCAGACGGGGCCCAUCAACAGAGAGAUGCGGCAUCUCAUCACCUCCCUGCAGAACCACAACCAGCAGCUCAAGGGUGAAGUGUCCAGGUACAAGAGAAAAUACAAGGAUACAAGUCAGGAAUUAAAUAAACUCCGCAAGGAGACGGAGGAGGCGGCCGCGCGCGGCGGAGCCUCCACCAGCGACCAGCCGGACGAGAAGCCGCUGCCUAUAAAGAAGGAGGAGCCUGACCCUGAUGGCGAGGAGGGCGGCGUGGGCGCGGUGGGCGCGGGGGGCGCGGUGGGCGCGGCGGGCGCGGCGGGCGCGGUGGGCGCGGAGAAGCCGGCCAGCAAGGAGCAGGCGCGCGGCAAGCUGCACGAGCAGGACCAGAUCAUCAAGGAGCUCAAGCAACAGCUCAAGAAGGCGGUGAACGAACAGAAGGAGCUGAAGCUGCUGCUGGACAUGUACAAGGGCGUGGGCAAGGAGCAGCGCGACAAGGUGCAGCUGAUGGCAGCGGAGCGUAAAGCGCGCCAGGAGCUGGAGGACCACCGGCAGAAGGCCAAGAUGGCACAGGAGAGCAAGCGCGAGCGGCGCAUGGCGGACGAGGACGCGCUGCGCAAGAUCAAGCAGUUGGAGGAGCAGAAGUACGAGCUGCAGAAGCAGCUGUCCUGCGCGCGCCCCAACGCCGACCCGCUGCACGCCUUCUCCAGACCCUUCGCCGGAUCACAGGAGGAGGAGGCGCUGCUGAACGAGAUGGAGGUGACGGGGCAGGCGUUCGAGGACAUGCAGGAGCAGAACCUGCUGCAGGCCACGCUGUCGGCGGUGGAGAAGGAGCUGCUGCUGCGCCAGCAGGCCAUGGAGAUGCACAAGCGCAAGGCCAUCGAGUCCGCGCAGUCCGCCGCAGACCUCAAGCUGCAUCUCGAGAAGUACCACGCGCAGAUGAAGGAGGCGCAGCAGGUGGUCGCGGAGAAGACGAGUGCGCUCGAGGCGGAAGCGUACAAAACAAAAAGAUUACAUGAGGAGCUGGCGAUCCUGCGGCGCAAGGCGGAGCGCAUGAAGAAGAUGGAGCAGGCCGGCAGCAGCAUGGACGAGGUGCUGCUGGAGGAGAUCCGCGACUACAAGGAGACCCUCACCUGCCCCUCCUGCAAGGUGAAACGCAAGGACGCGGUGUUGACGAAGUGCUUCCACGUGUUCUGCUGGGACUGCCUGCGCACGCGCUACGAGACGCGCCAGAGGAAGUGCCCCAAGUGCAACGCGGCCUUCGGCGCCAACGACUACCACCGCCUCUACCUCUCCACCUAGGCACCACUGCCUGUGACCUGCUGGAAGCAGCCCGCCACACACCCUCGGUUCUGACAGUUGAACAUAAGAACUGUGCGUGUACACAAUACUUUAACUGUUACUGGCAAAACUUAAUUUAAUUUACAGUCAACUUUAUUUAUCAAAUUUUUAUCUGACAGAUAAAAUAAACGGUAAAAUUUUUAUGCCUUUAACUUUAACUGUCAGAUAAAACAUUAUCUUUCAGUUAAAGUUUUAUCAGUUAUAGUUUGCCAGUUAACUUUAAGUUAACCUAUACACACUGUUAACUGAACAGUUCGAUUCUUCGGUUAAAACUGUCGGUACUGUAAGUUUGUGCGUCUAUGUAUCUGAGGAUGAAGUUUAAUUUAUAUGCCUGAAUGUCUCUCUUCUGUGCCUUGAAAUGCGAACCAAAUGUAUGGAGAUAAUUAAAUAAAUCACUUCUCUGUCAGCUCUAUAGAUAACCGCGACAAAGUAUACGUCCUUUCAAAUAUCUUGUCGGCUCAAGGCUAAAAUGUUCCGAGCCCUCAAGAUGUUUGAAUACCUCUAUACAAAAUAUGCCUUCAUGUUUUAAGCUAUGUACAUAACGCCCGGUUUCGUUUAUACAUUGUUGUAUAUAUUUGAUUUGCGAGAUAAUUGUAAACAAGGCGAAUAUUUGCUAUGAUCUCACAGCAUUAGCUACUUUUUAUUUAAUACCUGAGCGAGUUAGUGUAUUUAAAAAGCAGUAUUGAACAAAAAUCAUUAAUUUUUAAUAGUGUCCUUGUCGGAAAGUGAGUGGUUUUAUUAUUUUCAACCUUUUAAAAAGAACUUUAUAAAGUUUAAGAACUUGUCCCACCAAAUCGUAAAUUGUCU